CGGCUAUCUGACUUGCUGUAGUAAUACGAACGAGAGGCAGAGGGAGCGAGCGGGCGGACCCGCCGGGGUGAGCCGAGCGAGCCGGGCGAGUCUACUAGCGCGCUCGGAGCGCCCGGGGCUGGGAGAUCGGAGUGAAAGGGGGGCUCCUCCGCCUCCGGCCCAGCCACCUCCUCUCGGCCCUUCCAGCCGACCCCUGCCGGCGAUCCGCAACCCUCGCCCCAUCCAGGAAACUUUGCCCCUUGCAGCGGGCGGGCACUUUCCCCCUGGAACUUAUACAACAGCCGAGGAGGACGCGCUCUCCGGACGCGGAGAGGCUCUUCUGUCUAUUUGCGGAGACUCUUCUCCCCGCUGCGGACGACGACCCGCUCCCCUGAAAGGCGCCCCUGGCCGCUUUUGGACGCUGGAUUUCCUUCGGAUAGUGGGAAACCCGCAGGCUGCCGCGAUGCCCCUCAACGUCAGCUUCGCCAGCAGGAACUAUGACCUCGACUACGACUCCAUGCAGCCCUACUUCUUCUGCGACGAGGAAGAGAACUUCUACCACCAACAGCAGCAGAGCGAGCUGCAGCCCCCCGCGCCCAGCGAAGAUAUUUGGAAGAAGUUCGAGCUGCUGCCCACCCCGCCCCUGUCGCCCAGCCGCCGCUCCGGGCUCUGCUCGCCCUCCUACGUUGCGUUCGCAUCCUUCUCCCCCAGGGAUGUCGAUGACGGCGGCGGCGGCGGCAGCUUUUCCACCGCAGACCAGCUGGAGAUGGUCACCGAGCUGCUGGGAGGAGACAUGGUGAACCAGAGCUUCAUCUGCGACCCGGACGACGAGACGUUUAUCAAAAACAUCAUCAUCCAGGACUGUAUGUGGAGCGGCUUCUCUGCCGCCGCCAAGCUGGUCUCCGAGAAGCUGGCCUCCUACCAGGCGGCGCGGAAAGACGGCGGCAGCCGCAGCCCCGCCCGAGGGCACGGCGCCUGCUCCACCUCCAGCCUCUACCUGCAGGACCUGAGCGCCGCAGCCUCCGAAUGCAUCGACCCCUCCGUGGUCUUCCCCUACCCCCUCAACGACAGCAGCUCGCCCAAGCCCUGCGCCUCCCCUGACUCCACCGCCUUCUCUCCGUCCUCGGACUCGCUGCUCUCCUCCGCUUCCUCCUCCCCACGGGCCACCCCCGAGCCCCUGGCCCACCACGAAGACACACCACCCACCACCAGCAGCGACUCUGAGGAAGAACAGGAAGACGAGGAAAUUGAUGUUGUCUCUGUGGAAAAGAGGCAGCCCCCUGCCAAAAGGUCAGAAUCGGGGUCACCCUCGGCCAGAAGUCACAGCAAACCUCCUCACAGCCCACUGGUCCUUAAGCGAUGCCACGUGUCUACCCAUCAGCACAAUUACGCGGCACCCCCAUCCACGAGGAAGGACUAUCCUCCCGCCAAGAGGGCCAAGUUGGACAGUGGCAGAGUCCUGAAACAGAUCAGCAACAACCGCAAAUGCUCCAGCCCCAGGUCCUCGGACACGGAGGAGAACGACAAGAGGCGGACGCACAACGUCCUGGAGCGCCAGCGGAGGAAUGAGCUGAAGCGCAGCUUUUUCGCCCUGCGCGACCAGAUCCCGGAGUUGGAAAACAACGAAAAAGCCCCCAAGGUAGUCAUCCUUAAGAAAGCCACCGCCUACAUCCUGGCCAUCCAAGCAGAGGAGCAAAAGCUCAUUUCGGAAAAGGACGUAUUGCGGAAACGACGGGAACAGUUGAAACACAAACUCGAACAGCUACGGAACUCUUGUGCAUAAAGGUUGACCUAUUGGAGGGAGGAACUAGAAUCACUUAUGACUUCUCAGUUGUUGCUAAGAGAAAGUAAGGAAAAAGGUUCCUUCUGACAAAAAGGCAGAAUUUAUUAUAUGUCUGGACUUUUUUUUUUUUCCUUCCACAUGCAUGGUAUAGUGCAACCGCACAACCGUGGCUGGGUCUUAGGACUGAAAGGCGUGGCCAUAAUGUAAACUGCCUCAAAUGGAACAUUGGGCAUAAAAGAACUUUUUUUAUGCUUGCCAUCUUUUCUUUCCCCCCUGCCCUUUAACAAAUUUGUAUUUAAGAAUUGUUUUUUAAGAAAGAAUCUUAAAAUUUCCUUUGUAAAUACGACCAUCAAAUGUAAAUAACUUUAAUAAAACGUUUAUAAGUAGUUAUACAAGAUUACAAACUUGUAUGUGUAUUAUAAACCAUAAUUUUUUUAUUUAAAUACAUUUUCCUUUUUAAAAUUGAUUUUUUUUAUUGUUUUUAGAAAAAAAUAAAAUAUCUGGCAAAUAUAUAAUGGAGCCAAAUCUUAA